UCAAAAAAAGGGUCUAGUACAAAGUGUAAAAGAGAAAGAAGUAAAGCAAGCAACAACAAAGCGUGCAGACAUGAAAGAAUAAAAGAAAUAUGAAAGAAACAAAAAUAUUGGCAAAAGAAAAUAAACAAAAAAUUAAAUAAAUGAAAAGAAAACGAUAACAACAAUAAAAAAUUAAGCUUUGUUUACAAGCAGCAGCAACAACAACAAUACUAAUUAAUAAAUUAAAUGAGAUAAAGGAAAAUUGUUAAAAAUCAACAUAUUUUUGUAAUAUUCACAAUAGUAAUAAUAUUUAAGUGCAUUUGUGUGUAUGUGUAUUUAUUAAAUCAGUUUUGAAAAGAGGGAGUGUGUGUAAAAGAGAGUUUUUUUUUGCACUUCCUGUUGUUUACACGUUUAUUUUAUUGUUUUUUUUGUGUCUUACUCCAACUUCGUUUACUACCCCCUAAGUAACGGGAUUUUAACUGACAGCUAUUACAGCGAAUUUGCAGCAACAAAAAUAUAAAAACAAAGCAGAAUAAAGAAAAUUGUAAAAGUCCUUUAAUUAAAUAAUUUAAAUGUUUGUUAAGUGAAAAAGUGUUGAAAAGUAUUAAAAAGAAAUUUAUAAAACAAUCCAAACAUGAUUUCCUAAACUACACGAAAUUUCGUGUGUGUUUUCUCUCACUUACUCUUAAAACUCGCUAUUUCUUGUUUGUUUUCCUAUACUCAACAUGGAUUUUAUCAAUAAUACUAUGACGUCUACCACCCAAAGAAUGUCCCGACGACAUUCCAAUACAUCAUCAACAUCUACUACAUCAACAAUUAGUUUCCAGCUGAAGCCGGCUAUUUGCACAAUGUUCGAAUGCAAAAUUUUGAUUUUCCUAUUAUUGAUUGCUGUCUCAUCGUUUGAUUAUGCCCAAGCAAGUCAAGCUCUUACCUUUACCACAGAACCACAGGAUGUUGUGGUGCCCGAAGGCCAUUCGGUUUUGCUGCAAUGUGCUGGCACAGCUGUUAUUGGCAAGAAUCAGAAAGUAGCGCCCAAUAUCAGAUGGCGUGGUCCGGAUGGCCAAGACUUGGGUAUUGUAGGCGAUACAUUUCGUAAUCAACUUAAAAACGGUUCACUAUACAUCAGUUCAGUGGAAGAAAAUCGUGGCUUGACGGGUUCCUAUCAAUGUCUUUUAUACGUCGAUGGCAUUGGCACCAUUGUCAGUCGCUCAGCCAUAGUAUCCAUAGCUCGGCUGCCAGAUUUAAAUCAAGAUUUCAUUGAAACCUACCUACUGCCUGGACAAACGGCCUAUUUUCGUUGCAUGAUUGGUCAAUUGCAACAGGGCAUGAAACAUAUUGUACAGUGGUUCAAGGAUGAUAUGCCAAUGCAAUUGGAUAAAUUGCGCAUGGUUAUUUUGCCAAAUGGUGCUUUAGAAAUUGAUGAAGUCAAUUUCAAUGAUCGUGGUGUCUACUAUUGCAAUGUUACCUCGGGCUCCAUUUCCCGUUUAAGUAGUAAAACUAAUUUAAAUAUUAAAAAAGUACCCGAAACCGGUGAAAGUCCCACAGCACCGGCUUUUUUGGUGGGUCCCUCACCACAAACCGUCAAAGAAGGCGAUGUGGUGACACUGGAUUGUGUGGCCAAUGGUGUGCCCAAACCUCAAAUUAAAUGGCUGCGUAAUGGUGAAGAAUUGGAUUUAAGUGAUCUCGAUUCGAGAUUUUCCAUAAUUGGUACGGGUUCUUUGCAAAUAUCAUCAGCCGAAGAUAUAGAUUCGGGCAAUUAUCAGUGUCGUGCCUCAAACACCGUCGAUUCUUUGGAUGCUCAAGCAACGGUGCAAGUUCAGGUACCUCCCAAAUUCAUACAAAGUCCUAAGGAUAAAGCAGCCUUUGAAAAAGAGGAAUUGGAACUGGAAUGUGCGAUUAGAGGCAAGCCAAAACCCAUUAUUAAAUGGCUGAAAAAUGGUGACUUCAUAACGCCCAAUGACUACAUGCAGUUGGUGGGUGGUCAUAAUUUACGCAUAAUGGGCUUAUUGCAAUCCGAUGCCGGCAUGUUUCAAUGUGUGGGCACCAAUCCGGCUGGCAGUGUUCAGGCAGCGGCUCGACUAAAAAUUGUGCAACCAGGCAAAUUGAAAAACUCUCGUAAAUCCCAAUCACAAACUACAAAAUCCCUUUACUUAGAUCAUUUACCGCCGAAUAUGAAAAAGCGUAAAAAUAAAUUCAAUUCCGGCGAAGUACGCUUCAAGUCUGGUGAUUCCAUGGAAUCCACACGUAUCAUAUCAAAAAGUGCCUUAGAUAGUUUAUUAUCCCAGAAGGGUAAUAAAAAACUAUCAAAAUUACCCGAACAACCUUUAAAUGAUCGCCAUUAUGGUGAUUUGAUACCAUUUACCGAUGAACAAGAUGAUAUAGACAUAUCACGCGAAUUACCAACCAGUAUACACGAAUACGACAAGACCAAUACGAACAAUGACGAAGACGAUGAUGAUGAUAAUGAUGACUAUGAUGAUCCGUCAGCAAAUGAGGAAUAUAUUAAGGCCUAUAAACAUGGUGAUGACCCAAAUAAGAUUUUAAAUUACUGGACGAAUAGGAAAAAAAUUAAUCCUUCUUCUACUUUAACCACCAAUUUACCACAACAACAACAAACCUCCUCCCAUUCAUCUGCAGUUUUAGAUAUAGGCGAAAAUGGCGGUGCUCAUGCAGCAGUUGGCUCAUCUGGCCUCUUGGGUUCCGGUCUGCUGAAUCGUUUGCCCGGGCCACCCCGAGAUCUGGUAGCACAAAUUGUUAAGCCACGUUUUGUAACGCUCAGUUGGAUGGAACCAAUCAAAAAUCCUGUGGAAGUGGUCUCCUAUACGGUCUUUUAUAAAAUGAAUAAUAGUGAAAGAGAACUGAAACUCGUUACCAAAUCUCAUGAUGAUCAACAAGUGAAUAUACAAAAUCUUUUGCCCGGUCGCACAUACCAAUUUCGCGUUGUGGCCAAUACCAAUUUCGGGCCCGGAGAUUCGUCUGAGCCUCUAGAAGUAGUCACGCAACCAGAAGAAAAUAUCGCGGGACCACCACGCAACGUCGACGGUUAUGCCCGCAAUCACAAAGAAAUCUAUGUUAAGUGGGAAGAACCCUUCGUAACAAAUGGUGAAAUCUUAAAAUAUCGUUUAUAUUAUGCUGAAGGGGAUACUGGCGCUGAAAUGUAUUAUGAUAGCACCGUUUUAGAUGCUGUCUUAACCGAACUAAGGCCCUUUACCGAGUACACUAUAACUGUAGUACCGUUUAAUAAAAAUGGCAUGGGAGAUCCUUCGAACGAAAUAAAAGUAAAGACAUUUUCAUCGACACCCUCGGAACCACCAAACAAUGUUACUUUGGAGGUAACAAGUUCCACAUCAAUUACCAUACACUGGGAACCACCAUCCGAAGAGGAACGUAACGGCCAGAUAACUGGCUAUAAGAUAAGAUAUCGUAAACUGAAAGAUGCUCCGCAAGUUAAAAGUACACCAGCCAAUAUACGUUAUUACGAAUUGAAUGGUUUGGAUCGUAAUUCAGAAUAUCAAGUUAAAAUAGCUGCUAUGACUGUUAAUGGCUCGGGUCCGUUUACCGAAUGGUAUCGUGUUAUGACUUUGGAAAAUGAUUUAGACGAGACUCAGGUGCCUGGCAAACCGGUGUGGAUGGGUAUACACCCGGGUGCUGAUACGAUAGCUUUACAUUGGGGACCUCCUCAGCAGCAUGAAAUUAAGAUACGUAGUUAUGUUUUAGGCUGGGGUCGUGGUAUACCCGAUGAAAAUGCUGUAGAGGUCAAGGAAUCGGAAAGGUAUUUUAUUUUGAAAGAUUUGGAACCCAACACCGAAUACGUGGUGUCUUUAAGAGCACGUAAUAUGCAAGGUGAUGGACCUCCUAUUUAUGACAAUAUUAAAACAAGAGAUGAAGAUCCCAUAGACAUACCCACACCUUUAGAAGUUCCGGUGGGCCUAAGAGCCAUUACAAUGUCUAGUUCUUCGAUUGUUGUUUAUUGGAUUGAUACCACGCUGAGCAAAAAUCAACAUGUUAUUGAUAAUCGUCACUAUAUUGUACGCUUUGGCAUAUCACCCUCUACUCGGUAUCGCUAUCACAAUACCACGGAUUUAAAUACCAUGAUAACUGAUUUACGGCCUAAUACCCAAUACGAAUUUUCUGUGAAAGUGGUUAAAGGUCGCCGUGAAUCUGCCUGGUCUAUGGCCGUUUUAAAUACCACUUAUCAAAAUAUACCCAUUACCCCGCCCAGAGAGUUAAAUGUCCAGCCAGAUGAACAGAAUCCUCAAAAUGUUAUACUCCACUGGAUGCCGCCCAAACACACCGUUUACCCCAUAUCGGGUUAUAAUAUUUACUACACCACUGAUACCACAAAACGUGACCGCGACUGGACUAUACAAACAUUCAGUGGCGAUGAAACUUCAUUUAUUCUGCCCAAUCUCAAACCACAUACCACCUACUACUUUAAAGUGCAAGCGAGAACACAAAAAAUUGCCAGCGCCUCCGGAGGUGGCGCCAACACAGCUCCAUUCUCAGCCUUAGUGGCCUACACAACGGGAGCUGCUGUUAUUGAACAGCCAGCUACCGCUAUUGGCAAAGGCAUUAAUAAUGAAAUGAUUUUAUACAUGAUAAUAUUCGGUUUUGCUUUGGUGCUGUUCAUAGUGGUGGCUGUUAUUGUUAUAAUGUGUCGUCGUAAACCCCAAUCAACACCGGAGCAUACUAAGAAAAGUCUCCCAUCUUCGAACAGCUAUCAGAAGAAUAAUGUGGGCGUACCAAAACCACCAGAUCUAUGGAUACAUCAUGAUCAAAUGGAAUUAAAGAAUAUUGAUAAGAAUAUGCAUGGUACAACACCAGCCGGCUGUAGUGAUGGUGCUUCCAGUAGUGGUGCCUUAACUUUACCCCGUUCGGUGGGUCAUGAGUACGAUGUCGAAACUCCAGUACCUAAUCACAUCACAAAUUCAUUGGACAAACGCUCCUACGUGCCAGGUUAUAUGACUACUUCUUUAAAUUCUACAAUGGAACGACCACAAUAUCCACGAACACAAUAUAAUAUAUCUGCAAAUCGAUCUCAUAUGAAUGUCGAUACGGGACUGUCUCAACAGAGUCUGUCACAGCCACAAAACAAUUCAUUAGCACAAACGCCUGAACAUCCAUAUGGGGGAUACGAUGCAAAUUUCUGUAAUUCCACUUACGCUGGUACUGGGGCUGGACCUGGUUCUGCAGCUGGUGGUGGUGGGUCUGUAGCUGCUAGUAAUGGCGGUGUUUCAACAAUUGAAAGUACUAAACGAGGACAUCCUUUAAAAAGUUUUAGUGUGCCAGGACCACCGCCCACAGGAGCUCAAACACCCAUUAAUAAACACACUCCUGCCGUUACAAUACGUCCACAAAAUCAAUCACCCUACAAGAAACCAUCAUUCUCUGCCGCCACUCCCAAUCGUCUGCAGGGUGGACCGUCAGUGGCUCAUAGUACCGAUGAAAUACAAAGACUGGCACCGAGCACCUCUACGGAGGAACUCAAUCAAGAAAUGGCCAAUUUAGAGGGUCUAAUGAAGGAUUUGAGUGCAAUAACGGCCAAUGAAUUCGAAUGUUAACAUUAGCAGAAAACUAUCAAAUUACCAUUAUUUUUAACGAAUAAAAUCAUAGCUGCCAUAACGCCAACAACAACGACAUUAACGAUUAAAGCUAAAGAACUGCGAAGAAUCAGCAAUACGAACAAGAAAACAACGAAAACGGAAGACAACAAACAAAAGGAUUUCAGUAAAACAAACGAAG